UCGAAUUUUUGCUCGCCCUCCCAUUUACGCGCGGUUAAAAUGUGGAAAAGCUCUUUGUACGGAAAUGCUUGCUACGCAGGCUAGAAUUGUUAAUGAGUUUGAAAAUUAAUGUAAAUGAUUGCUGAUUGUCUUCAUCAUACUAGUGUCAUAAUUUCUGCAGUGCAACACACGCCGCUGGUGCAGUGGGUUGUUUGAAGCGCGUCAAGACGGCAAUUUCUGUCGCUCGAGCUGUUAUGGAGAACACCAAAGCUACCCUUCUUGUUGGUGAAGAUGCAACACAAUUUGCCCUCCAGAUGGGAUUCAGAGAACAAGAUCUUCAUACUAACGAGUCUGUGAAGAUGUGGAAAGAAUGGAAGAAAAACAAGUGCCAACCAAACUUUUGGAACGAGAAUGUUCGACCAGACCCUCGUUCCUCGUGUGGACCGUACAAACCCAUCAAAGGCAGAAGGAAUCUCCAAGACACUACUAAGCAAACUUUGUUGGAUGAUGUAGAUGUCGAUAAUCAUGACACCAUAGGUAUGAUAGCAAUUGAUCAAAAUGGGAACAUAGCAGCCGGAACCUCGACUAAUGGAUUGAACCACAAAAUCUCUGGCCGAGUCGGGGACUCUCCCAUCCCUGGAGCAGGAGCCUACGUGGAUAAGGACGUUGGUGGAGCCUCAGGGACUGGUGACGGGGAUGUUAUGUUAAAGUUUUUGCCCAGUUUUCAUGCAGUUGAGCUUCUCCGUCAAGGUUACAGCCCAACACGGGCUGCCAGAAUGGCUCUUAAGAGAAUAGCGCAGUAUUAUCCAACCUUCAGGGGGGGACUGAUAACUGUGACAAAGGAUGGCAGACACGGUGCUGCCUGUCAUGGCUGGCCGUAUUUUCCCUACACUGUUCGCAAUCCAAGGACGGGAAAGAACAAAAUAGUGUACAUCAAGCCUUGCAAAUUGAUCAAUUAACAUUUUAGAGGCAGGAAUCAGCUUCCCAAACAUUUUCCACGUACAUCAUUUACAGCUAUAAACAUUCCAGAAAUAUGACACGAAAAAAACAAACUUUUAUGGAAUCUUGCCCUGCAAACACUGCUGGAAGAAAAAAGAACGAAGGGAUCGUGUAGAAGCGAAAAUCUUGGUAAUCAACUGUAACACAUCCAUAUCAAAUAAUGUAAUAACGGCGAGGCGUUAGAGAGGGAAAUAUUUAAAUCGACUACAACUUGGCAAAACGCUAAGGGUUGCUGUUUAAAGAGAAUAAGACGACACUGAAACACUAAAAUUAAUUUUCUCAUUAGCUUUAUUGCUGCAUUGCUGUGCUAAUACUUCAUACCAAAGUUAGUAAAACCCUCCUAAUCUACGACAAUAUUGGGAAACCAUAGCUUUGUUGCAACCACUAUACUUUCAGGCGAUUGGCCGGUUCUUCUUCUAGUAGCUAACAUAAGGCCAAUAUUUCUGGUAGGAGCCACUCCAUCCUUUAUGGAAUUGGCUAUCUGAGCUACCUCCGUUGGUUGUAAAUUGUAUCCACAGGUAGAGUUUUCCCGUUGAAUAGAAGGAGCCGGUGGGAAUGGAGUGUCCACUCCAGCCGCUGGUUAACACAACUUCACCAAAUCUGUUAAAAUCAUCAUAAUAAAAACAGCAUUAAAGGGGAUGGCACAAUGACUUACGGAUAGUGCACUGCAAUCCUAAUCGUGGGGCAGGGUUCGAAUUCGAACGUGUUCCAGGGAAGUCAGGGUACAUACGUAAGGAAUAACUUUCUUAGCUUCUAUCGUCAUUUCUUCCUCCAAAAGUAGAUAAGUACUAGUUGAUUACUAGGUCAUCCAAGGGGUAGAAACAGCACUUUAAUAUCCAGUUUGUUUUUUACAGGGUGGAUAACGCUAUCCAAUGGUUA